GUUCAGUCCGGUGACGGCGACGUGCGACGACUCCCCGACAGGAAGAUGGACGAGGGCAGGGGCCGGUGACAGCCCCCGUCCGCCGCGACAGCCGCAUCAGAAGGUAUCAGGGUCUCACAUUGUUGAUGUCCCCAAAGCCUGCCACAGUCACUCAGAGCAACCUUGAGAUCAACCCAAGCCUGACGUGGGGCUGAACCCGACUUUACUCCAGCCCAGCCAUGACGUCCAAGUCUCCCCUGCUGAAGGUGAUCCUCCUGGGCGAUGGCGGCGUGGGCAAGUCGUCACUGAUGAACCGCUACGUCACCAACAAGUUCGACACGCACCUCUUCCACACCAUCGGCGUGGAGUUCCUCAACAAAGAGCUGGAGGUGGACGGCCGCGUGGUCACGCUGCAGAUCUGGGACACGGCGGGCCAGGAGCGCUUCCGGAGCCUGCGCACGCCGUUCUACCGCGGCUCCGACUGCUGCCUGCUUACCUUCAGCCUGGACGACGGCCAGAGCUUCCGAAACCUGGCCAACUGGAAGAAGGAGUUCACCUACUACGCCGACAUCAAGGACCCCGACAGCUUCCCGUUCGUGGUGCUGGGUAACAAGCUGGACGUCCCAGAGCGGCAGGUGUCGGGCGAGGACGUGCGCCAGUGGUGCCGCGAGAACGGCGGGCACCCGUACUACGAGACGAGCGCCAAGGACGCCACCAACGUGGCCUCAGCCUUCGAGGAGGCGGUGCGGCACGUGCUGGCGUCGGACGACAGGACCGAGCACCACCUGCCGACGAACACGGUGGACCUACGCAGGAAGAAUCACUCCAGCGGCUCCUGCUGCUGAACAGGUGCGCGUCCUCCAGAAUGAGUGACUUGAGAGAAGUGACCUCGAGGAGUAGGGAUUUGUACCUGCAUUACCACCCAAUCUCAGUGUGCCGUGCACCCCCUUUGGCUUGAUUGACAGCUGCCAUACAGGAAGCCUGGUGCGGCUUUUGACCCUGUGAGAAGAUGGACUUGCGUCUGUUGUGCUCCAGUGGUUGUGAUUUGAACCCAUUUAGCUUUGUGUCACAACCUGCGGUGCAGUUGUUUUCUCUCUUCGUCUGUCUGUCUGUCAGUCAGUCAGUCGGUCGGUCGGUCUGUCUCUGCACUGCAGGCAAACAUUUACACCGGCAGAAGUUCUUUGCAGCUCCACAAGCUGUCAAAAGUGGACAAAUUCUGGCUUAUGUAUCUGCUAAUGAUAGUCACUGGCUGCAAUGGUCUCUCCUAAAAAGUAAAAAUCAAGUAGUUGCACUUAGUAAAGAAAAAUGUAGACGUUGUUGUUGUUUUCCCCACUCUUAAUUAGAUAGAUUUCACUUUGUUUUGUGCUGGGAUUACUUUUACCGGCAAUAUCGCCACAAAGAUAUGUUUACGGUUCUCUAAGCAAGACAGAUACCACCACUUCCCCCCCGCCUCUGAUUCAAAAUGAAGUACGUAUGUAGUCUUUGAGUGAGAAAUCUGUCCAGAAAUGUGUCUUUUGCGCUGUGACCUCAUUAACACUGAUUUUUUUCAUCAGUGUCAAAGGUCAUUUCAAAGCUUCACAUUUAAGUAACUCCUCAACACGUGGGUCAACAAUGAAUGACCUUUUUUCCCCCUCUGUUUGCCUGGGAGCUUUAAAAAUGGCCGUCUGUAAGAAACACACCAGCAGGUCUGUCACUUGUUCAUGUGUCAGUCGUCUAACGUGCCGGAGAGAGCGUGUUUUCAGUCGUAAAUGGGAAAGAAAGCGUUUCAGGGCCGCAGACUUCCCGUUAGUUUGCUAUGCAAAGUAGUUUACAAAGCUACAAGUGUUUAUAACUGUUGACAAAGUCUCCUAACAAAUCACUGAACUGAACUGCGGCUCAUGAAUUUAGUAAGUCAACAUGGUCGUCUUUAGCACUGCCUUUUCAAAUGCAAAUGACUACUGGGCCAACAAUAAAAAAAAACAAUGUUGGGAUUAUGUUUUAUGUGUUAAUGUAUUUGUUUUGAAUAAGACAGCAUUGAAGUUAGCCUUUAACGUUAAAUUAUAUUUUGUGGCCCCUUUCUCGGCUCUUGAACGUUGUGCCACAUUUGUCCAGCAGAGGGCGUCAAAACGACAACACUCGAAAAAAUUUAGUAUCCGCUCAAUAAAUAUAAUUGAAAAACAAAACAAUGUUUGCUAACCGGAUAAUUUUUUGCAGUUAU